GCGGUGCUCAAGCGGGCGCAGGGCCUCGCGGGCAUGGAGGGGAGCGGCAAGGGCGCUGGUCGCGGCGCUGGCGGCGGCCGCCCCCCUGCUGCUGGGUCCAAGCGGGAGCAGCGCUUGGAGACGCAGCUCGCCGAGCUCACGCGCAAGUUUGACCAGCUCACUUCGUCUUGGCGGUCAUCGGCGCAGCAGGGCGGCGCCAACGGAACGGGGGCAGGAGGCGCUGCCGCGGCUGAUGGCGAGAGUGGCGGUGAGGACCCCUUGCGCGCUGAGGCCGCCCUGUUGGAGCAAGCCAUCGCCGCGUGCAAAGGGGAUCCGGCUGCGGCGGCGAAGAAGCUGCUUGAGGAGCAGCUCAAGUCGAUCCGUGGCAAGAUCGAAGCGAAGAAGCCAGACCUCACUCAACACAACGGCGCGUCUGGCCAACAUGCCAACAUUGGCGAUGACGUGUCCGCCUGCCAGCAGCGUCUUGAUAAGCUGCAGCAGGAGAAGGAGAAGCUGGAAGAGAAGCGCGCCGCUGCUGAGGUAGAGCGCGCUGAACUCCAGCGGCAAUUGGUGGCAUCUUUACCUCUGGGCGAGGCUCCUGUGCUGGACCCUUUCGGCGUUCCUCAGGAGCUGCUGGAUGGGAAGGCUGAGAUCAAGAAUAUGCUCGAGUCGGACGCCUUCAAGAAGUUUGCCGCGCUGUAUCGGUCGCGCCCCCAAGUCCCACAUCGGCCUCAUGGUGAUGAGCGGCCUGCUGCAAGUGAUGGCGUGGGUGGUUCUGACCAGCAACCUGUGCCCAUGGACGAGUUCGAUGACCUUUUCGAGGACAGCGUGGGGGCUGAGCAGUUCUGGGACAAGCACAAGGGCGACAAGCGUGCAAUCCUGGAUGCCCUUCUCGGGGCUCGGGCCAAGAGGCCCAAGAUGCAGCAGCUUUGA